UGUGAGGCUGGAGGUUUGGGGACUCUGUGCCCGCUAAGCUACUUUCUAUUUCAAGUGCCUGUAUGUCUGAGGCUGGGUUUGAAGCCUCCAGCGUGUUUGGAGUUAAUCCCCAUUAGGUUGGACUCCGCCCCUUUCUCCCAAAGGUAAAGCAAGGUUUUCAGGCAUCACUGCAAAGGGCAGCUAGUAUUCCCAUCCUUGUUUAACAAGCUGUGAGGAGAAGUUGUUUCUGAGAUCUGAGCCUGAAGAGAGGGAACAAGUCAGUCAGCCUUCGUGGUCAGAAGAUAUUGCCUCCUUCCAAGCUACCAGGCCAGGAAGUCCAUUCAGCUGGAAGCCGGGACAGCAGCCUUGUUUUCAUUUAGUCUCCUUUCCUGCCACUUGUUCCACGAUGUAUGUCAAGAGUUAAAAGCUGUCUGAUCCGGCUGUAUUUGAGUUGGCAGAGCAGACCCUAAUUCAGUUAUCUGGUUCCUCCAUUGCAGCCUAAAGACCAUAGAACUCUAAAUCAGGCAGAAGGAAGGGAAGGUGGGAAAAGUACUGAAAAGCAAAAUCCCACAGGGAUCCAAAUGGUCCUCGAGAGAAUAAUCUUAUCUAGAAGCAAUGAACAAGUGGCACAUAAUUGAGCCCCAGGACUGGCCAACCAGAUGAAAAACAGGCCAGUGGAACCUACAUGGUAACUUACUGCAUUUGGUGCUGUGAUCCAACUCAUCUCCCCAUCCCUGCAGAGAAACCUGUGACCAUGAGGAGCAGCCUGACCAUGGUGGGAACUCUCUGGGCCUUCCUGUCCCUUGUUACUGCCGUGACCAGUUCUACCAGUUACUUCCUACCUUACUGGCUCUUUGGAUCCCAGCUGGGGAAGCCAGUGUCAUUCAGUACAUUCCGGAGGUGCAACUACCCUGUGCGGGGAGAGGGACACAGUCUGAUCAUGGUGGAAGAAUGUGGGCGCUAUGCCAGCUUCAAUGCCAUCCCAAGCCUGGCCUGGCAGAUGUGCACGGUGGUGACAGGUGCCGGCUGUGCUCUGCUACUCCUGGUGGCACUAGCUGCUGUCCUGGGUUGCUGCAUGGAGGAGCUCAUCUCCAGAAUGAUGGGACGUUGCAUGGGAGCAGCGCAAUUUGUUGGAGGGCUGCUGAUAAGCUCAGGCUGUGCCUUAUACCCUUUAGGAUGGAAUAGCCCGGAGAUAAUGCAAACAUGUGGGAAUGUCUCCAAUCAAUUUCAGUUAGGUACGUGUCGGCUUGGCUGGGCCUAUUACUGUGCUGGAGGUGGAGCAGCUGCAGCCAUGUUGAUCUGCACCUGGCUCUCUUGCUUUGCUGGAAGAAACCCCAAGCCUGUCAUAUUGGUGGAGAGCAUCAUGAGGAAUACCAAUUCUUAUGCUAUGGAGCUUGACCAUUGCCUCAAACCUUGAGCUUUGAAAGAAGAUUGGAGAGGGUGGGAAAUGGGAGGAGAGAGCCCUGAAAAGAGCUACUAAGGAUUAGGCCAUUUGUCAUCUAACUGUCAUUAGUGUAGCUUAGUGUUUGCAUGUUUUUUAAACUAACUGUCAUUCAUUUUCACUUAUCUUUUAGCCAGUAGGUCACUGGCUGUUUAUAAAAUUCAUCUAGAGGAAACAAUCUCAGACAUUUACCCAACUGGCAAGUACCUGCUAACCCGAAGACCCAAAGUACUCCUUUAUGCAAAAUAGGAUCCAAAGCUAAGGCUGGGUAAGAAUAGCUGUGCAGGGAGGGAGCAUGAGAUGGGCAGGGCUGGUUCCUACCACUCCAUUCACACAGUUCAUUCCCAAGUAUUUAUUGCUACCCCCAAACAUCUCUGGAGUACUACUGCUCAAUUUUUGUGUCAUUAUCAGGAGUACACCUUGACUCUUCCUUUUUCUUCCCUGCUUUUCUUUUUCCCCACUUUUCUUUUUCCCCCUGGUUGUGGGGAAGCUUCGGGAGAGGGGGGAGGGUGACUCACAGUGGGGAAAACGUUAGUCAAGGAUACUUGCAUUUAGCCUGGACCCCCUUCCUCAUUAUGCUUUAGAAUAUUCAUAGGCAUUCAUUUUGUGUUCUGACUGGGUGAUGAGCAAAAAAAAUAUAUAGUAGCAAAUAUUCCCUAAUCCUUUAGAGAUACAGAAAUGGUGUUCAUCAAAUGUACUGAGAAUAGACUAGCAUUUGUGGGGCACUCAAUCAAUUUAAAUUCAUGGUGACAGUGACAGUGACAAGGAUGUUUCUGUUAGAUACUUAUUGAAAUUUCUAUCAGAGAUCAUUUUUAUUGACUAGGAAAUCCACGGUGGCCUUUUACCCCCUAUAGUCACUCCUAAUGUGACAUAAGUUCAUCUGCCUGUUUCAAAGACUGUUCGUCAAAUGAUCUCUCCUCCAUCUGGGGCGAGUUAGCCACAAAAGAACACAGCACUGAUGUCACCUAGGGCUGAUGUAUUUUUAGGCCUGGACUCCAUCCCAUCUGUGCUCAAGGUUGAUGGAUGGUGUAGAAGAACUUGGUGUCUCCUGGGGGCAGAGUUUGUCUCACUCCUCCCCCCCCACCCCAGUUAAUUCAGGCCAGCUCUAUUGUUCCAUAACUACAGCUUUAGGGAAUGAGGAGGGCCCGUGAUUCAAAAGGCCAGCUCAUCUGUUUCUAUUCUUAAUAAUUCCAGCAUGUUUUUGGUACAGCCCUACCUAGAGGGAUAGAAAUAGAAAAAAACUGGCUUCAUAAGUUACAUUCCAUCUCAUGAGAGGUCAGAAUUCUUCCAUUGGCUUUACAUAGGUAAGUGAAUUUAAAUGCUUCCCCCAUCUAUAGUUGAUUCAUUACUGAGUCACUCAUUCAGAAAACAUUUCUUGAGUAUCUUACUGUGUGACACAUUCUGUGCUAAGUUCUGGGGAUAAAAGGACAAAGACAAUUUCUCACCUUAAAAGGGAUAGUGGUGAGGUAUUGAGAGACAUGUCGACAAGUACUUGUCAGUGUAUUAAGUGCUAGAAAAGUGAAGAAGAAUAGCUAAAUGAUCACAGAGAAGUCAUUAAACCAACCCCUUCAACCUGGCAUGAAGGGGUUCAUGGGAAAGCAUCCUAGCAAAGAAGAUACCUAAGAUGGGUCCGAAAGAUGAAUAGCAGGAGCUUUGUCAGCAAAGGCAAAGAGUGCACAAGACAAGCAAUGAUGGCAGCCAAGUCAUGGAGACAGCAUUAGAAUGACAGAUGGGUGUAAAAAGAGGUGGCAAAAGCUGAAAUUGAAAAGGGAAGCAGUAGCCAGAUUCCGUGGGACCUUUUACUCCAUAAUAAGGCAUUUGAAUUUUAUCCUGAAGAAGGGUCAUUGAAAGGGAAGUGACAUGAACAAACUUGUAGCUUUCAAAGAUAAGUUUGGCUAAAGUGAGGAGAAUGAAAGAAAAGAAGAGGAGAACUAGAGAUAUUUCAAUAAUCUAAGUAUAAAACGAUCAAGGCCUGGAGGAAGGUAGUGACUGUGAAGCCGGAGAAGACAGAUGAAUUUGAAAGAAGAUAUUUAGGAAGUACGUUGUCUAAUGGAUAUGUGUAGGUAUUGGCAAGUGAAAAUUUUGGGAUGACCACUCUGGUAUGUGAGCGACUCCUAUCAUCAAGAUGGCAAAUGCAAGAUGAAUAACAGGUGGUAGGGAACUGGUGAUUGAAUUCAUUUCACGUAUUAUCUCCCUCAUGGAACUGCAUUAAGUGUUUAAGGUAAGGCCAACUUGAACAUACCUCACUGGGAAGGAAGCAAUGUAAUGUGUUUGCAGCACCUCCUUUCUUUAAGAAAGAUGACUAAGAACAGCUAAAACAAAAAUGCAACUACCUUAAACCUCAAUUUUAUUGUGUCGACACAAUAAUGUAACUUUAAUUUAGGAAGGCCCACGGUAUAGAGAAUAUGUCAAAUAUUUGAGAAAAGGCAGAUAGCUCACUUCAGAAAAGAUAGUUGGAUCAGUCGAUCUCUCUUCUCGGGCUAGGCGACCUUCUGGAUUUCUGUAGGAUAGACUUUGUCAAAGGGACUGUAUAAGUCAGAAUCCUGCCAAGAAAAAGACGGUAUACUCAAGGAGUUUAGCGGAGAUGAGCUCAGUGAAAGGACAAUUUAUGAUGGUGUGUGCAGGGUUAAGGGAACUUACCACUGAUGGUGAGGCAUAGAAAGAGUAUGAACAGUGAGGGGCUAUUAUUAUUACUACUCCUAACACUGAAAAGACAAAGGGGAAAAACAGUGUUAUUGGCAUCCAGUAAGUACUGCACAUGUACAAGAGGGGCUGCCUCACAGGAGCUGUUGCUUCAGGUAGCACAAUGUAGUCUCUGCCCAAAUGCAGUAAGGAGGGAGAGAGGGGAAUGAACACCCAUAUCUCACUCUCUUUCCACUCUUUGAUCUCCUGCCAGUGCCCAUCAUUAGCCAGAUCCAGCCAUACAGCAGCUGGAAAAGAAGCCUGUUGCUAUAGUCAGUUGAGGUCAGACUCCUUUGGCACAGAGCAUGGCAGGGAAGGGUGGAGAAUGAAUCUUGGGGGUAUGAGGGGCCAGUGGAAAAUAACAUUUCAGUGAGUGCUCUUAGCCACCAGGCAAUGCCAUUGCCUUAUGCACUGCUUCCCAGGAAGUAUAUGCUUUGCUUUCCUCCAUGGCCCAGACACCUAAACACACUGUGAAGUAAUUGGACCCUGGAAAGGAGACUGAAGAGGAAGGGGGUCAUUUGAAACAACACUUUAAAUAACUAUCACCUUGCAGGAGUUAGUUGCAGGUUGAAUUAAGUUGGACUGUUUUCUCCUGUUUUCCAAUGAAAGGAAACUGGAUUUAAAAGAGAUUAUUUUUUUUCUGUGAAGAAACCAGGCCUGCAGGGGCUUAUAUUCAAAGACGGAUCUAGCCCCAUGUUCAAUUCAAAUUUAAAUUCCUCCUUGCCUGUGUCUGGUUUCUUUCCUGCCAGGCCUUGUUUUUACAUAGAUGUCUGACAAGACUAGGUUCUUUUCCCCAUGGCCUGGAGAAAACUUUUAGAAGCAAAAUCUGUGUCUUGGGCUGCUAUUGUACAGAAAGGAAGGAGAGCCCAUGGGUCAGGUGGAGGCUGAAUGAGUGAGGUAAGAACCUAAAAGACUCUGCGGUUUGUCCCAUGCCUGGCUGGCUGUCAUGUUCCUUGCCUGGGCAUGCAGGCUGAGUGCCUAACUAUGGGCCCAUUCUGACCCUGGAACCACUUAGCUCUUGGGGAGGGGGAGAGAGGUGGGAAGUGAUUCUUCUGGACUAACUCACAGUCCAUUUAGUAUUUCAUAAGAGCCCAUUUUGCAAGAUACUCCUUUCAGAAAAUAAUGUCAGAUGGGCAGCAACUACCUAGUUGGCAUGCUUUUGUGUCUAGAGGAUUGAAAUUUCUACACCUGGGCUAGCAAGUGUUAAGUCACUGGGGUGUGUCUUCGGUGGUGCUGUCUCUCUAAUGUCACACCUCAUUACCUCUGCUCUCAGGGGAGAAGCUGCUUUCAUUCACUUACAGCUGCUAGUGACUUCCAGGCAGUGGGUUGUGCCUUGCAGGAGCGUGUGACCUGAGCCAAGAUGGAAAUGUUCUGGUCUCUGGGAAAGGAGUUCUGGCUUAUGUAAGAGUAGAUGGCAAUAUGAAGUCCUGGCUGGAUGAGAGACAACCCUGUGAGGAUGAGGGAAUGAGGAAGCUUCUGGGAAGCAGAGGCUUUAUACAUUUGUCACAUAAAUUGUGCCAAGGAAAGGUCUAGCUCCUUCAAUAUGUGAUAGGGACACUUUCUUCAGAGUCUGGCUUUCGCUUUCUGUAGAAAUAUUCAUAUUAAUUUAAAGUAGUUUCAAGAUUGUAUUUGGUCCCAAGGAAGCCUGGUGAUGGGAAAAAAUGGAACUUUCAAGAAAACUAAUACUCAAUAUAUUUUGUAAAGGAUGGAAGGCAUCCUACUUGGUGGCUUGAGGGGAAAGGUGUGCUAUUUCUAGAACUCACAAUCAAUCUCUGGCCAUACCCAGUAAAGCUUUCUUAGUAGACAGCAGACAGGGCCCCUCCAAAGAGUCAUAGCCACCUUCUUGGUUAAAGAGCAUUUUCUGAGCUGGAGUGGGGCUGGAGUUGAAAGAUAUUUAUUACUGGCCUCUCUCUCAGAUGUAGAGAAAUGCAUUUUAAGCUUCAUUUUUUUUCAUCUGCUUCUGAGAUUUGGCUCUCCCAGGGUUGAUCUCUUCUCUAAACUCGUCAAACCCCCACUGAGUCCUCAAAGCUAACAGCAAAUAAACAGUUGCUAUGUGUGCACACAAAUAAUUUAGAUUUUCAUUAUACAGAGCUGCUGAUACAUUAGGAGGCAGAAGUAGGGGGAGACAAAAUGCUAGGUUUUGAAUAUGGCAACGCCAUAUUCUCCUUCCUUCCCCUCCAGAAAUGAGGCCCAGAAAAUAGUACUUGGGAGUCAGGGGGGCAUCAGGGCCAGCCAGCAUCCACAUUGGCAAGACCCUGAUGUUGGCUCCCUUUCAUGUAGUAUCUCUGCUACAUGAAAGAGACAUUAGAGGAGGUGGUAGAAACUAUAGAUGAGAAUCAAAGCUGGUAGAAAGUUCAAGAGAGAAAAAGGGUAAAUAAAGCGGUAAAUAUCAGAACCAUUCCAGAGAAAGUGUCUCCUCCCACUGUAGCUUACUAGAAUUUCAUUUGGGGCAAUUUGACUUUCUUUCCAAGAUAUCUCAGUAUCUUCUGCACUAAAACAUUGUCCUCCUAGGAAACACGGUAAAGUGAAGUCGGUCCAGGCUUUGGAGUCAGACAAAUCAAGGUUUGAAUUGCAGCUCAAACGUUUAUUAGCUGUGUGUCCUUGGGCAAGGCAGUUAACUGAGCUUACUAACAUUCUAAGAUAACACUGGCUAUUGGCUCCACAAUUCUCAGCAACUAUAGAAGGAGUUAAUCAUUCGGUGGCCCCAUUCAUUUUAAUUUGCAUUGAUUAUUCUAACGCAGUGAUUUUUAAUCCUGGUCGACAUUAGAAUCUGCUGGGAAGCUUUUACAAAAUUUGAUGCUUUUGUUUGUCCCAGUUCAACUGAGUCAGAAUCUAUAGAUGCCACUACACCAUACCACCCUCUCUUUAUUUUUGCCAUCAUCUACUGACCUCCUAGUCAUCCCUCAUUCAUAAGGACUUUAGCACCUGGCUCAGUCUCUUCUCUAUUUUUAAUUCUUUCGUCCUUUUAGAAAUUUCAACAUCAUGUGAACCAAUCUUCCAAUUUACUGGCUUCUAAACACUUUGACUUCUUUACCUCCAAUAAUAUAUUUUUUCUGCCCAACCUUUUUAGCUCCCACUCUUGAUAUCAACAAUAAACACAAAUCACUAAAGUCCUGAUGUCAAAUCUCCCAUUCCUGACCAACACUUCUUAUUCUUUCAUCUCAUGUUUUUUAACAUCCCCACUCUACCAACUAUUUGACCCCAUCCUAGUUACACAACUAGAGUCCCUAGUUUAUCAUUGUAAUCACCCCUUGCAUAAAUGUUCCACUCUUUUCCCCUCUUUAAUUCUGCCAUAUAUUUAUUAAAAAAAAAAAAAACCCUAACCCUGGUUAAAUGUAAUAAUUUCCCUGCUCAAUGCUUACACCAAGUUCUCACCUAUUUAGAGAGAAAAACUAGGUACCCUUGCACCUUUUCCUUGUCUAUACUCACCCCCUUGGUGAGUUCAUUCAAUCCCAUGGCUUUACAUGUUAUCUAUACCCUUGCUACACAAAGGGUGGGCUAUGGUCCAAAAGCAUCAGUAUCACAUUGGGAAUGUAUUAGAAAUUUAAAAUCUUGGCUCCACUCCAGACCUACUGAAUCAGAAUCUGCAUUUUUAACAAGAUCCCUAAGUGAUUCAUUUGCAUUAAAGUUUGAGAGGCACUGGUCUAUACCAAUGGUUAUCAUCUUUGAUUGCAAACCAGAAUCAGCUAUGAUUUGCUAGUGCCAAUAUCUACUUUCAGAAGCUCUAAUUUAAUUGGUCUAGGGUAGGGUUUGGAUAUAUAUAAAUUUUUUAAGCCAUCAUGUGAUUUCAAUGUUCAGCCUAGAUUGACAACCACUGACUUAAGUACUGAUGACUCCCAAGUUAAUAUCUCUAGGCCAAACGUCUCUGAACUUCAGGCUCAAAUGUUCAACUACUUAUUCCAUGUCUCUACUUGGAUAUCCGGUAGACUUGACAGAGUGUACAUAUCCAUAACCAAGAUCCAAAUCUUCCAAUCCUAAACCCAUUCCUUGUAAUCAUCCCCAUCUUACUAACUAAAGGGCACUAUACUUACUGGGUUUUCCCUUCUACCUCCUUGGGUAGCCCUUCUCAUCCUUUUUUUUGGAUCAUCUGCCUAUGUUCAACCUCCCAGUGUUGAAAUGAUCCAGGGUACAUAGCUCCUCUCGAUAUCUAGAAUCUCCCCAGGUGAUCUCAUUUACAUGCUGAUGAUGCUCUGAUUUAAACAUAGUCAUGUUGCUCACAUCUAACCUGUGCAACAGGAAAUUAUUAGUUUUCUCCUCCAACCCCACCAGCACUUCUGCCAAAACCUCGGAAUAAUCUCUGAUGUUUUUCCUUCCCUGGGCUGCUACCUCCAAUCCUUGUGCAAAUCUUAACAAGUCUACUUCCAAAAUAUAUUUGUUAUCUACACACUUCUCUUAUCUCUACUAUUACAACCCUAAGACAUUAAUGACAAAAAAGUUUCAGCAAACUGAGACUAAAAAGGAAUAUUCUUCUAUGGUAACAGGUAUCUAAUAAGCCUCUAGCAAACAUUGUACUAAAAAAAAAAAAUUUAGGAGCAUUCUAGUUUAAAACGGAAAAAAAGGACAAAGAUAUUUCAGCUCACAAUUGCAACCAAAAAUAUAGGGUACCUAAGACUAAAUCUUACAAAAGAUGGAGAAAAAUUAUAAAGCAACGUGGGAAAAGACAAAAAGGAUUCAUAAAUAGGUUUCAUGAAUGGAAAGACUUGAGAUGUUUUUUAAAGCAUGUCAGGUUUUUUUCAAAAUGAAUCUAUAAAUUCAAUGCCAUUCCAAUAAAUAUUCUGUCUUUUUUUAGUGUAAGUUUACAUGCUCAUCUUCACAUUUGUGUUCAGAUAUAAAGACUUAAAGUUAUAAUCAUUAACAAGUGUGGUAGUGACACAGAGAUGAACAAAUGGAUAAAUGGAACAGAAUAGAGGAUCAAGAAACAGACUCAUGAUUAUAAGGAAACUAGAUAGAUAUGAUAGAAAUAGCAUUAUUAACCAAUGAGGAAAGGAUAGACAAAUCCAACAAACGAUAACAUUUGGGAAAUGAAAUUAUAUCCCUAAAACACUCCAUUUAUAAGAAUCUUAAUUCCAGAUGGAUUAAUGACCUAAAUGUGAAACAAUUCAAACUUUGAAAAGAUAACUUAGAAAAAUAUUGUUUUGACUUUAAUAUAGAAAGAAACUUCUAAAAAAGACACAAAAGGCACAGCCCAUAAAUCGAAAGAAUGAUGCACUUGACUACAUUAAAAUUUCAAAAUGUCUGUUUAAUGAAAAGGUCAGCUUGACUUUUCUGGUCCCCUUCUGUUGGGAGUGGGCCAUGUGACUAGUUCUAGCUAGUGGGUUGUGAGCAGCAGUGAUAUGUGCCACUUCCAGGCUGAAUUAUUAGUAUUUGCCAGUGUGAGCCCUUCCAGAGAUCUCCUUUCCCUCUCCCAUGGUGACACAAAAUACUCUUGUUGAAAACAGCCUGGAUCCUGGAGUGAGGAAACAGUCCCAGCCAACUAAUAGUGCACCUGUGAUCAAAAAAGAUACAUUUGCUACUUAAAAAAGCCUCAUUAAUGAACAGUAUCAUAAGCAAAAUGAAAGGGUAAGCCUCAGACUGGGAGAAAAAUAUUUGUAAAGGUAUAGCUAAUGAAGGAUUAAUAUGAAAACAAUGUAAAGAGCCACAAAUCAAUAAGGAAAAUCUAAAUAACUCAAUAAAAAUAAAACACAGGCAGAGGGUAUGAUUGAGUAAUGAACUUAGAAGGAAACUUGAUAGGAUGCUUAACUACCUAAACUCAGGGAAAUACAAAUUAAAGUAACAAGAAGAUACAAUUUGCAUCUGUAAGUUUGGUAAAAAUGUAAAAGUCCAUUUAUAGCAAGUGUUGGAAAGAAAUAAGAACUGUCAUCAUUGCUGGCUCAAAUAUAAAUUGGCAUAGACACUUUGGAGAAGAAUUUGUCAAUAUCUUGUAAAGAUGAAGAUGUAGGUGUAAAUGUAGUUUCUCCUUUAUGAAUUUGCUGUGGAGAAACUCUAGUACAACAGCAGACAAAGACAUAUACAAUGAUGACUGUCAAUGUCAUUGAUAUCUGGAAUAGAAAAUGUCAAAUAUUUACCAGUGGGAGAAUAGAAAAAUAAAUUUGAUAUAUUUACUUAAUUAAAAUGAAUGACUUGGAGUCACACGUAUGAAUGCAUCUCAAAAUCAUAAUGUUGACUGAGUAAAGCAAGUUGCAGAAUGGCUUCAGAGCAUACCUUUUCCAAAAGUUUGAAAACAUGUAAAACAAUACUACAUAUUUGUUAUGGAGUAUAUUUUUGUUCAUCAAGUAUUCAUGCCUCCUCACACUACAUCUUUUGCAUCUUUUGGAAGAGUAUAUUUUCCCAGUCUAUUGAUGCCUUGGCCAUGAGAUUCACUUUGUCCAGUAGAAUAUUUGGGUAGAACUGAUAAUGUAAGAAUUCUGAGCCAAGGCCUUAAGAAGCAUCAUAUUUUUGUUUUGUUUCUUUGGGAGUUUCUGACCUCCACAAUGAGAAGCACAUGUCACUUGAGACUAUCCCUUCAGUUUCAAACUCAGAAUGAAAAUACAUGAAUCAUUGCUGCCCCAGCUGACAUAGAGACCUGGGAACAAGAGAGCAAACGCUUGUUGUUGUAUGAUACUAGGUUUGAAAUACAUGAAAAACUGAACUAUGCAAUGUUCAUAUGCCGGAACAUAUGUAAUGUAUGUGUAUGUAAUACAAACAGGAAUAAUAAACAGUAAAUAAUAAAAUAAUAAACAGUAAAUUCAGGAGAGUGGUUAUUUUUGAGGAAGGAAACAAGGAAUCCUUAUCCUUGUUUAUUCUGUUUUAUUUUUCUUCAUAGCGCAUUUAUUUAUUGUUUCUCUCUCCUUCCCACUAAAAUGUAAAUUUUACAAAACCAAGCAACGAGCCUUAUUUGUUGACUGCUCUGGUGCAGGCAUCCUACUGGCACACAAUAGGCACUCAGUAAACAUUUGUUGAAAGAAUGAGACUGUUUACUCAUCUGUAGUAAGGACAACACUAAUGGUCAUGCAGGAUUUUACUGAGGGUUAAACAAGAUUAUACCUGGGAAUAUGCAUCAUAUUGAACCUGGCAUCUAAGCGCUCAAUUAUGUCAGUCUUUUUUCUUUUUCUUUUUCUAUUCUGGAUAUGUGGUUUCUCUGUUGAACUAUCUCAAUAAUGUACAGAGCACUUUGUAAUGUGUAAGGUGUAGACAAGAAACUGUUUCUUAACUGUGCAAUCUCUAACAAGUUAUUUAACCUCUGUGUUCCUGAUCUGUAGACUGAGGAUAAUAAUACCCAUCUUAUAUGUUGGUUAAGAGUAUUAAAUAGUGUAAUGAUAUGAAGCACUUAACAUGGGGCCUGACACAUAGUAAAUGCUCAAUAAACAUUAGUUAUUAUUACUGCUACAAAAUAGACAGUUGCCUAUGUGGUAUCAGUUCAGGAAUAUUUGGCAGGCUGCUUUACUAAAAUAAUAUCUUCCACACCAGCUUGUCAUUUCCAUAUCUACUUUUAUUACUAUGGAGUUAUUCUUUUGGUUUAUGCCUUGUUCAUUCCAGCUACUUCUUAUAAGCUUCACUGGGGAUAUGCUCCCAAUAGUUUCUUGUGCUUAAUAUUAUGUGAUAUCUUAUUUUCCUCUACUCCUGGACAGAUGGGCAACAUAAGGACCCCAGGCAAAGGUUUGGGAAGAUAAGUGAAGAAACGCAUUCCAGAGGCAACCUUGGGAUAUUUGCCCCUUUUCCUUAAGGAUGGCUCUGUUCAGAAUUGCCUAUAGUCAUCACUCUGUGUCUCAGCAGGAGCUAACUCUCUAGCUUCUGCUCCUUAUGAUAUAGGUGAGAGAUUAGUAAUCUAUGAUAACUGCUUUCUCUUAGGGUUCCCAAGUGUUCCAUGUUCUGAGGACUAUCUCCUGCUGUACUAUCUUUUAUGAUGCAUCAUCUCUCCUAUUUGUUGGGGACCUGCCAACUGAAACCAUGCCCAAACUCACUAUAUAGAUGCUGUUGGCAAGACUUCUUCUUGGGCCAGGGGAUAUUAUCCUUAGCUCUCCUGAUUAUAAGGCUGUAUUAUUUAGCUCAUGCCCUAUUUGAUGGCUUUGUACUUAGGAAUCCUUGAAGUAUAUUUGAAAAUAAUUGUGAUCGACAUGCAAACAUGGACAAAAAUUUCUGAAAAUGUCCAUAACUUGUUGGCUUUUUAAAAAACAACCUUCUUAACAUAUACUUUAUACAUCAUAAAAUUUACCUGUUUUAAGCAUAUGAUCAAGUUAUUCUCAGUAUAUUCAUAGAGUUGUGCAACCAUCACCACAAUCCAGUUUUGAAACAUUUAUGAUUGGAUUCUGAAUGUAUUGCUUGUACCAAUAAUCAGUAAUCUUGUUGGGAAUCCUGGAAAAUGCCUAAAAUUUAACUACAUUGUUUUACGGAAUAUGUGGCCUCCAACAAAAUGAUACAAAUACAUUUACAUAGUAUCAAUACAAUUUUACCAUCAAUCUUUUCAUACAAUUAAAAAUGCAUUUAAUGACAUAUGGUGGGGGGAUGUAGGAAUCAUGUAAAAAACUGACCAAAUUGAAUAUUUCCAUGAAGGUUAGAAACUACAUUAGGAUCAGUAACUGCUAACUGCCACAAAAGAAAACCAAAGUUUCAUUAAUCUCAACACAGCAAAAAUUUAUUUCACCAAGUUUAAUGCAGAUUGGUGGGAAUUCUCUUCCAAGCAGUGACUUGGGGAUUAAGGCUCCCUUCUUUCUGUGGUACCACCAUCUUCAUAUAUAGCAUCUAAGACCACAAAGGGCAAAGGGAAAGAUGGAUGAGGAACACCAGCUCUUAACCUCCUGGACCUAGAAGUGGUACACGUCACUCCCAUUGGUCAGAACUAGCUACAUGGCCCCAACCUAACGGCAAGUUUGAGGAAGGUAGGUUAAUGCAUCAAUCAUUCAGUGAGCAAUUUCUCAGCUAUGUUGCUGUAGGGGCAAAGAUGGAAAGCUUUCCCCUUCAUCCUAUGAAGAUCCACUGAAAAUGAACUGACAAUAGGCAAAUUAAUAUGUAAAAAAGGCAUACAGAUUUAGUUAAUGUGUGUAGCACAGGGGAAUCACAAAAUGAAUACCCCAUAACCCAAUGGGGUACAGAAGCAUAUAUGCCCUUCUUCUUAGAGGAAGGGAAGAUGACGGUUGUUGGAGUAAAUGUUUUUUAGGGGGAAUGAAUGGACCCAGUGUUCAGACAAUGGUUAGUAAAUAAUUAUUUUUGGGAUUUGAAUGGGAUUUGAGAACAGACAAUAGUUUGGGACAAAGUUUGUCUGGGCUCUAUUAUAGGUGUGGUGUUUAAUUUUCAGUUUCUUUCUCUAUGACAGGAGUUUUAAUCUUCUCUGGUUAAUGAAAUUUCAGGGAAGAGAUUGAAGGCAGUUGUGUUCUUUUUUGGUGGUCCAGUUUUAAAGUAGAUAAGGGGACAUCAGAGAACAGCCUCAUUCUGUGCUUUGGAAGAGAUAGAAGAUUGAGUGAAAGGGAAGCAGGGAAGGUCAGAGAAUCUUUGAGGCUGCUUUUUCAGUUUAGCAUGUCAAAGUGCCAUACUUUGGGGUAUUAUUUAUUGAGCCCCCAAAGUGGUCAUGCCUGUGAUGCUUUAUUCUUCUUUUGCUCCUUCCUCAAGCACUAAGAAUGGCUGCUAUAUCUCACAAUAUUAUCAUUUUAUAUUCUUCACUUCUAGAAAUUAGAUUCACUCUUGGUCAUUUAAAAUGUGCAGUUCUCAUGUAUGCCAGCAGUUAAAGUGAAAUUUUUUAAAAAUGAAAUAAAAUGUGCAGUUUCAGCUAGACUGCAAUGUCAUCUUUCACCAACAGGUGACACAAGUCAACAUACUUGCCCUUCAGCCUGCAAAAUCCUCAUCUAAGAUUGUUUGUUCUGCACAAUAAAAUGCUUAUCAAUUCA